AUGACAGCAGCACCUUCUAGGUCUGAUGGCUUCAACUACGUCUGUACUCCAACAUGCUCGACUGAAGAUGUGGUCCUUACAGGCUUGGAACCUGUCCCAGUUCUACCCUUUGAUGAACUAUCCUUCCAAGCGUCUACUGGUGACCCUGGAGUUAGCUCGCCAACUUACCUUGUGGACCUUUGUUCUUCACCUGAGAACAAUGAGGUUGCAGGCCGUCUGAGCCAUUUUACCAUCCAAAUCCACGAGUGGACUCUCGACGAUACCAUUUUCUCUCGUCUCUGCAAUCGGUGGGGAACACCAGAUCUUGACGUCUUCACCACUCAGGCACAAUACUUACUAACCAUUUUAAUACUGGGGACAACUAGCCUCUCUCCCACCCAUUCUGCCUUGAGCAACGUAAACUCUUUCGCAACUCCGGGGAGGAGAAAAGGGCGGGAAAGGCGGGCUGAGGGGCCCCUCAGGGCGGCCUUUCUUUCUUUAAACGGUUGUCGAGGCAAAAAAAGAGAUACUUCCUCGUCCGCAGGCGGAGGUGGCGUCAAGUCGCCUGCCUUCCCCCCACACACUUUUUUUCCCUCUCGCGACGACCUUAUUUCAACAGCCACCGUGGCGGCGGCGGCGGCGGUCUCGAACCACCUGUUGGGCUCCCUGAGGCGGCAGCCCAAGAGGCUAUGGAGCCGGAGCUGGCCGAGGCUGGAUUGGGGGUGCCCCUGGUCCGUCCGCCUCUCGUCCAGCAGCGGCAGGUCCUGCCCUCCAGCGGGCGCCCCUUCUUCCCUGAGGGGAGACUACCGGGAGCUGUGUGAGCGGGCCGUGAGGGAACCCGGCCCUUUCUGGGGGGCGCUGGCCCGGGCGGAGUUGCUGUGGGACACCCCGCACCACACAGACUGCGAGUGGGAUUUCGCGCAGGGCCGCGUCCGGUGGUUCCUAGGCGGCCGCUUAAAUGUGGCGGUUAACUGCCUGGAUCGUCAUGUGAAACAGUCUCCAGACAAAGUGGCUUUGAUUUGGGAAAAAGAUGAGCCUGGCACUGAAGAGAAAGUCACCUAUAGGGAACUUCUGGACAUGACCUGCCGCCUUGCAAACACGUUAAAGAAAAAUGGAAUUAAAAAGGGGGACCGAGUCGCAAUUUACAUGCCAGUGUCUCCACUGGCAGUGGCUGCCAUGUUGGCUUGUGCUAGAAUUGGUGCUGUCCACACAGUUGUCUUUGCUGGAUUCAGUGCGGAAUCCUUAGCAGGGCGGAUCAAUGACUCUGAAUGCAAAGCAGUCAUCACCUAUAAUGAGGGACUCAGGGGAGGACGGAUCAUUGAAAUGAAGAAGACUGUGGAUGAAGCUGUGAAGAACUGUCCAAGUGUCAAGUGUGUCUUUGUGGGUCAGAGAACUGCCAGCAAAAUCCACAUGAGCAGGCAUGAUAUCCUUCUUGAAGAAGCCAUGGCUAAAGAGGCUUCCGUUUGCACUCCUGAGACCAUGGACACGGAAGACAUGCUGUUUAUGCUUUAUACCUCAGGGAGCACAGGGAAACCUAAAGGCAUCGUUCACACGCAGGCUGGCUAUCUCCUUUAUGCUGCCUUAACGCACAAGCAUGUAUUUGAUGUCAAACAAGAUGACAUAUUUGGUUGUGUGGCUGAUAUUGGCUGGAUCACAGGUCACAGCUAUGUUGUAUAUGGACCACUCUGCAAUGGAACCACCACCGUUCUCUUUGAAAGCACUCCAGUUUAUCCUGAUCCAGGUCGCUAUUGGGAAACCGUCCAAAGAUUAAAAAUUAAUCAAUUUUAUUGUGCCCCUACUGCAUUACGUCUGUUGCUGAAAUAUGGAGAUGAAUAUGUGAAGAAAUAUAACAGAUCUUCCCUAACUACCCUUGGAUCAGUGGGAGAACCGAUAAACCAUGAAGCUUGGCAGUGGUUCUACAAUGUGGUAGGAGAUGGAAGGUGUACCCUUGUGGACACUUGGUGGCAAACAGAAACUGGUGGCAUUUGCAUUGCUCCUCGACCUUCAGAAAAAGAAGCUGAGAUCAUUCCAGCUAUAGCAAUGCGGCCCUUCUAUGGGAUUAACCCAGUACUGAUGGAUGAAAAGGGCAUCAUUUUAGAAGGCAACAAUGUCUCUGGUGCUCUCUGCAUCGCACAGCCCUGGCCUGGAAUGGCACGGACUAUCUAUGGGGACCAUCAGAGAUUUGUAGAAGCUUAUUUCAAAGCUUACCCAGGUUAUUAUUUCACAGGAGAUGCUGCUUACAGAACUAAAGAAGGGUAUUACCAGAUAACAGGGCGAAUGGAUGAUGUCCUAAACAUCAGUGGACACAGGCUUGGAACUGCAGAGAUUGAAGAUGCCAUGGAUGAGCAUCCGGCAGUACCUGAAGCAGCUGUGAUUAGUUUUCCUCAUGAUAUCAAAGGGGAGGUUCCAUUUGCCUUCGUUGUACUGAAAGAUGAAAAGGCACAUCCAGAAAUAGUUGCCAAAGAGUUAAGAGAAAUUGUUGCUUCCAAGAUAGCCAAGUAUGCUGUGCCUGAUCAUGUUUUGGUAGUGAAGCGUCUUCCAAAAACUCGUUCAGGGAAAAUCAUGAGAAGGCUGCUUCGGAGAAUAGUGACAAAUGAAGUUGGUGACAUGGGAGAUACCACCACACUGGAUGACCCCAGUGUCAUUGAAGAAAUUCUUGAUGCAUAUAAGAUUUACAAAACUAAGCAUCCUAACCUGUGAUGGCAGAUCACAGAUAUUCGUUCCUGGAAGAACAAAAAGAAUUCCUGGGAAUUCUGUAUAUGCAAGUGCGGUUCAGAAGCUUUUCCUCCUCAAAAUGUUGUCUACGGGUGUGUGCUUCUUGUGUGUGCUUCAUGCCACUUCUCUAUGUUUUGCCUUGUCUUUGAAACUAGAGAAGGCAAAAUUUAGAUCCUGAAGGUUUAGGGUUUUUUUUUCCUCCAACUUUAUAAAGACUGUUAAAAUAAUGCUAUGUAAAAAUGCUAAACAUGCAUGAAUUUAGUCUUAGUAUCUAUGCCUCAAAUAAUACAGCAGUUUCCAAAGAUGUACCCAUGUUAGUUUGUCUCUUUCUAAAUAUGUAUAAUUGCACCAGGUCAAAUGUGGCCAGUACAUACAUAUGGCACUACAGUGGGGUCUCUACUUAAGAACUUAAUCCGCAUUGGAAGGUGGUUCUCAAGUUGAAAAGUUCUUAUGUUGAA